UAUCCACACUACGUACGAUCUUUGUGUCACGUGACACAUCACGUUUUUGCCCACGUUUCAAAUUGUAAACAUUACGUAACCUCAGUUCAUACGAAGAGAAGUUGUAAACGCAUUUUUAUAACGUUUUUAAAAUAUAUUACGCAACUGGGUCAGAGAAACGAGUAUCUCAGAAGAUGUCGGGCCACAGUGCAACCAAGCUGUUGACUAUAGGAUGUAUGAUAUUUGUGUGGGCUGUGAUGAUUGUUGUAAAUGCUUUAGCAACAGUUAAAGUUGGUAGAGAUAUAGGUUUAUUUAAGAACACUACUGGUGACAUAGCAGACAAAUACUACACUCAAAUAACACCAGCUGGAUGGACAUUCAGUAUCUGGGGAGUCAUCUACACAUGGCAGGGGAUCUUCAUGGUAUAUGUAUUGACAACCAUUUGUAGAAAAGUCCGUAACCACUAUCUUUACACGAUGUCGGUACUUCCAGUGGCUGUGUAUGGCAUUUAUAUCGUCAACAACUUGGCAAACAUUGCUUGGAUCAUUAUAUGGGAUAGACAAUAUACAAUUGCAGCACUCUGUGUCAUUUUGAUCACACCAUUCACAUUAUAUGUGUGUUUGUUUCUUUCAUUUCGACAGCUCUACAGAAACUUGGCCUACUUAUCUAAAAAUGAUGCCACCAAAGAAAUAUGGUUUAUUCGAUUUUUCAUCCAGAAUAGUUUAGCUUUUUAUGCUGCUUGGGUAACAGUGGCAUCACUGAUAAAUCUUGUUGUUGUUCUUGUUUAUGAUGCUGAUGUGGAGCAGGAAUUGGCUUGUACCAUUACACUUGGAAUCCUCUCUUUCGAAAUUGUUGCAUGGUUUAUUAUCGAUAAUUUUAUUAUUGACAAAUAUGUACGUUACACUUUCAGUCCAUAUAUAGUCUUUUUUGUUGCCUUAAUUGGAUCUUUUACCAAGAAUUAUGAUUUAGAUGCAAGAUAUAGAAUUUCUAUCUUCUUGCUUGUAUUGAUGUGCACUGCAGGAGUUCUCCUUAUUGUUAAGAUUAUCACUAUAAUUAUUCGCUAUUAUAGAUAUCCAAUUAGGUCUAAUGUAGAAUAUGAAGCUACUUUCUAAAAGGAAAAAAUAUUACGGAAAUGAAUCCAAAUCAACCAGAGAGUGCAUGGCAGAGUUGAUUUUUGAUAACUAUAGCAUGACUUAUGACAUGUAUGAUAAAAUAUUAAUUGCUUUUAUAAGGUGCAAAUGUAUACUGUGUUCUACAUAUUACAUCGUUUUUUUUUUCAAUUUAAUUAUAUAAUGCCAUGAAUAUACAAUUUUUGUAUUUCUGGAUUAUAGUAAUUAUACAUACUCAUACACAAAUUUUAUUUUACUUGAUAUUCAGUUUAAAUUUUCUUUCAAUUUGUUAUACAUGUAUAUUCUUUACUUAAUAAUCUUUUGAAAAAAAAGAAAAUUGAAGAAAAAAAAUUACUCGAGUAAUUUAUAUAAAAAAAAAUAUCUGUCAUUUAGUUUCAUAAUGAAAGAGAAAUUUUAAUUUUGUGAUCAGAUGAAAAUUGCAUGUGUAUUUUACAGUACAUGUACACUGCACUAACACAUAUGUGCAUGUAUAUUUUCAUCACAUCCUUGUUUUGCUAAUAUGAUAGUCAUUGCUGGUACAUGUAUAUGCUUAAGGAAAUUAUUAUUUUUCUUUAAAGUUUCAAACAGCAAAAUAAACUUGAUCUUUUCAUUUUGUUGUUGUGUAAGAUUCUCUUCCUUUAUAGCUUAUUAUCAAAAGUAUUUUGAAAGAGAAAAGUUCUGAGAUAAAAAUAAUCAGUGACUCACCAUCAUGCAUAAUCCAGGGUAUUGUAACAUUUACUAUUAGGGUAUUCAAAUUUCCACCAGUAAACUUACAGUCACGUAUAGAUAUAAGCUAUACAAGCAUUAUUUACAAGCUAAUGAUCUGAAUAUAAUUUUAAUAUUAUAUAUUAUAUGAUCUGAAUAUAAUUCAUUUCUUCUGUUUAUUUGGUCCGUUUUUGGGGGCUUGGAAGUUUUAUCGAAUUUUAUGUAUUAAUGUAAUAUAAAUGUAUACCUUGUAUCUAGUUAGCCAUGAUGAUGAAUAAAGCUACCUCUUAUAAAAGACUUGAGUCAGUAGGGUUAUAGAAUUUGUUUAACAAAAAGUUACAUUAACUUUGGUGCUGAAAUAUACUUUUGGUUUUUAUUAUGAACAACAUAUAAUAUUGUACAUAGUUAUUUUUUUAAAGUGCAGUAUACACAAGAUGAUGGAAUAUAAAUACUUUUCAAUUUAAAAAUAUCAGUUUGACUGCUGAAAAAGACUAAUAAAUUCAAGCAAUGUCCCUCCGCCUUUAAGACCUAGCUAGAAUACAAUUAGAGAAUGUAUUUAUCAGGACAACUACCCUGCUAUCUCCUGCUUGCUUUAUAUCUCUGUGCGAAAUUAAUAAAAAGAGUAAUUUUUAAAUUCACCAUCAUAUGUAUACUGUAUUUAGUCAGUUUUUGCUUGAAAUGAACUCAGUAACUGAUUGAUACAAUUCAUAUUGCCAUUUUAUUUGUGAUACAUGUAUUGUAUUUGAUUUUGUUUAAUCCAACAUUAUGUGGGAAUUUUCUACACAGUUAGAACCUUUUGAUACUAUUGUUUUUCAAAAAAUAUUAAAAGUCAACCCAGUGGCUAAGAAUCUCUAAUGACAUAUUUUUGUAAUGUCAAUUCUGAUGGGGAAAAAUGUUACCUGCCAAUUAUAUUUUUAUAUAUUAAAGAUAAGAUAAAUACUGUAAACCAACUUAUUUUUGUGAGCGAAUUAUUUUACAAGUAUGAAAAUAAAGUACAUAUAAAUAAUCAUGAACAUGUGAAACUACAUCAAGAAAAUUAGAAAAUCGUAUAAGAAUAAAUCUCAGUGAAAAAAGAAAUUGGGUAUCAUUUAAAAAAAAAAAUUUGCCAGUUGGUUUACAGGAAUAUGUUUAUUUUUUUAUUUUGCAUUUUUUACUUGACAAAAUAGCCUUGUAUGUACCUGUAGCAAAACAUGAUUUACAUUUAUAUUCAGAUAAUAAACUUUUAUAAAGUU